GCAGCUUGCUUGCAGGUUCUAACGACAGAUCGCCGCGAACAGUCCACUCCGGGAAUUAACCGAAAAAAACUAAAAAAAAAAAAACAUUUUACUUUGAAAGAAAUGAGAUUUAUUCUUUAAUUUGCAUCUUUUUUGAAUGUAAAUUUUGUUGAAAAAAAAAUCUGUUUGCUAGACAGUGUACAAAGGCAUAUAGACAGAUUUUUACCAAAAGCGAAACAGCAAUAACAACUUCACAAUGGAAAGCUUACAAACAUUAGGGCCGCACUUUGCCGCACUGUCCAAUGGAUCAGUCACAGACAAGGUCACGCCCGAUAUGGCACACUUAAUCCACCCUUACUGGAAUCAAUUCCCAGCUAUGGAUCCCAUGUGGGCGAAAAUCCUCACGGCAUACAUGAUCCUAAUCGGUACGAUUUCAUGGUGUGGAAAUGGCGUGGUGAUUUACAUAUUCUCAACGACGAAAUCAUUACGUACACCCGCUAACCUGCUGGUCAUCAACUUAGCGCUCUCUGAUUUCGGUAUCAUGAUCACGAAUACGCCAAUGAUGGGUAUCAAUUUGUAUUUCGAAACUUGGGUAUUGGGUCCGGCUAUGUGCGAUCUGUAUGGCGGCUUGGGCUCAGCUUUUGGCUGCAGUUCCAUUUGGUCGAUGUGCAUGAUCUCUUUGGAUCGUUAUCAGGUCAUUGUGAAGGGUGUAGCUGGUCGACCAAUGACAAUUAAGUUGGCGUUAAUGAAAAUCGCUUUCAUCUGGGCAAUGGGUAGCAUUUGGACAUUGGCGCCAGUGUUCGGCUGGAGUCGGUAUGUGCCUGAGGGUAAUCUGACUUCAUGCGGUAUUGAUUAUUUGGAACGCGACUGGAAUCCACGAUCAUACUUGAUCUUCUACUCCAUCUUUGUCUACUAUCUCCCGCUCUUUUUGAUCUGCUACUCCUAUUGGUUCAUUAUUGCUGCUGUGUCCGCUCACGAGAAGGCCAUGCGAGAACAGGCCAAGAAAAUGAAUGUCAAAUCCCUGCGCUCUUCUGAGGAUGCCGAAAAGAGUGCUGAGGGCAAAUUGGCCAAAGUGGCGCUGGUCACCAUCUCUUUGUGGUUCAUGGCGUGGACACCAUACUUGGUCAUCAAUUGCAUGGGCCUGUUCAAAUUCGAGGGAUUGACCCCAUUAAAUACUAUCUGGGGUGCUUGCUUUGCCAAAUCGGCAGCUUGCUACAAUCCCAUCGUAUACGGUAUCAGCCAUCCCAAAUACCGUUUGGCAUUGAAAGAGAAAUGCCCAUGCUGCGUGUUCGGCAAGGUCGAUGAUGGCAAAUCCAGCGAUGCUCAAUCGCAGGCCACCACCAACGAAUCUGAAUCCAAAGCUUAAGCUCGUGGACUCAAUGUGCCGCAGUUAGCGAUGCAAUGACAGUAAAUAUAAAAA